AUGACAGGCUCUGUACAGGAGGAAGCCAGAUUACGAGAUGCGCGGACACCAUCCACCCAAAGUUCACCACCAUUUGAGAAGCUCGCGCAGAAGAGCCCGAAACUCACAGAUCAUCUCUCAAUCACCCUGGGGCCUGUUAUGAUCAUAAUAUUCGAUAUUGUGGUCCCAUGCAUAAUAUACUACGUUUGGUUCGACACACAUCGAUCCCACUGGAUUAGCCACUGCCAAAUCCACGACCGAUGCCGCUUUGGGGAACCUGAGUUCAACAAGCAGAUUCUGGGCUCUUCUAUCAUCUCUUUCGGGUUAGGUGAGCUCUACAUUUUGAUUGCUCGGGUCUGUCGACUUCUUCGUCAUGCGGAUGAGUGCGCUCCUCUGCUAUCACGCUCGCGAUGGGAACUUGACGCUACGUCCUGGGUGUAUGCUGUGGCCAUGGUUUGCGCCUUAAUUCCAUUCGUUGUCGCUAGCAGCAAGCAAAUACCCAAACUUUAUCUCUAUUCCCCUGGUGCUCUCAUGGCAUUUCUCGGAAUUCUGAUGGUCAUCACCCUCAUACCUCUCAAGAUACCCAUUGGUAUCAACUCACAGGCAAGAGGGACAAGAUUGCGACCGUUGAUUUACUAUGCGGCUGAAGACUUUAUCGCUGUUGAUGGCUUGCAGGAUCGUGAAUUCCGCAUACGGUACAAUACACGUUAUGACGCGUCAAAGUCUUUCAGGCGCAUGAUUCUCGGUCUCACUAUCUGGUGGAUCUUUGGGGUCUGUGUCUACUUAGGAUGUUUGUCGGCCAUUAUAUGGACUUUGGAAUUCCACUACGCAUUUGGAUUGUCUCUAGGGGUUCUUUUCGCGUAUAUUCUUGUUUGGGCAGCCGUCUCAUAUAUAUGGCUGCGGAUCGGAAUGGAGCGAGAGCGUAAGUUGAUCGACAUUUCCGUGUGA